UUUGAACGCAGCUCAUACUGCCUAUUGAUCGUUACGAUGUUAUUUACCCUCCUCCUGCAAGGAUAGUGAGUUCGUCCGUCGAGCAGACAGCAAAUUUCUGUUUAAAGUGGAAACGAACUAUGUGAUUUGAAAAUGAACGUAACAUAUUUGUUUGCAAGGUUGUCAGUACGAUCAAUUAAACCAACCAUUAAUCAAAUCUCAGCUCGUAAUAUUUCGUUGAACACUUCACUUCUGAUAAAACCGACGCAAUGUCUCUUUGCAGCACCUCUCAAAAAAAGACAUAAACUGGAUCCUGGCCAGAUCAGAGCAAGAGAAGAGAAACGCAAAAGAAAACUUGAAAAAGAAAUCAGACGUUUACAAAAAUUUGCUCAAACCUUAAAACCAAUUGAAGAAAUGCAGUUACCAUUGCAUAUCCAAGACCAAAGAGAGCAACGAGAAAGGGAGACGUUUUCGGUGAGUCCCAUUGAAGAAGAGCAGCGGGCAUUAUUGCUAAAGAAAUGGUCCCAUCAUUGCUUUAAAGAGAACUUGGCUUCCAUGAAAUUGCUUGACCAGCUAGAGUACUCUCAGCGUAUGGCUCUAGAUAAGCUUCGAGAAGAGUCUGAAGAACUUUAUCAAGCUGCACUUCAGGUUGAUGACUCGUUAAUUAAUAUUUCCAUAAAAGGUCCUACAGUGACACCACCCAUUAAAGAUUAUGACAGUCCAGAUGGCGACUACCAGAAUACUUCAUUCAAAUGGGGAUAAGAUCACUAUGUAAAUGAGUCUGGAUUUUUAAAUUUAAUUUUUGUAGAUCAUUGUUAAAAAAAUUCUUGGAUCAAAUACAAUUUUUGUGAAACUGCUCA